AUGACGCAAACUUCAUACAAUCGGUGGCGCUCUGCAGAUGAAAUCGACGACAGAUUCCCGGCACCACAGGUAAAAGUUCUCUUCGUCCACGAUGAUAUUUUCGUAACACAUUUCAGAGCGUGGGCGAGCUUAAUUUGAGUCUAACUAACAAAUCCCGGGAAUGCCACUUGCCGGCCACUUUACCUUACCUGAAAAAUUACAAGACAUGUUUUUCUUUUCGUUCCUAAAAGCGAUGGCAGUACAGGCCGCCGAAUAAAUGCACCGAAGUGCACUUGGUUUUGUGUCGAGGAUUUCUCGGUGAAGAAUGGACACGGCUUCUGGGCGCGAAUUUGCAACGGAAAAUUCAAAUGCGCUGCAGCGUCUUCAGUUGGUUUGAAGGAGAAGGCGUCGUCAAUUCGGUAAUUAAAACAGAUAUAACUUUGCCCUUAAAACAGUCGAAUUGUCAUGCCAUGAACACAGAGAGAAUGUAACAACCGGCCACACGAGCAUCAUCAAUCACCCGCGAGACUUCUGGGUAACUGACGUCACAGGAAACGGUCCAAAUGUACCGGAAGUAAAAAUUCAAAGAGGACUUCCGCUCUGAACGCAAGGCAAAAAAAUAAUUCAAAUUUCACAUGCGACAACAAAGACAUAUGUAUAGUUUGGCCAGCUCUAGAGUAUAGGAAACUGUAAUUUUUUCGUCUGCAACCGUUGAUAGUAAAAAUAGGCGUAUUUUAUGGAAAAUGUUGCUUGGUUCUUUCAUUUAUAAAAUUUCAACUUUGAUGACACAAUGAAAUUGGAAAUUUGAUAUCUACUUGCGUAAAAAAAGUGCUCGACUUUGCUUUUCUUUCCAUUUGAAAUCGAUGUUUUAGGGGCAAAUUUUUGCUUUAAAUCGUUACAAUUUAUUAGACUUAUAUGAUGAUCACUAUAUAUUCUUUUCUUUAAAACGUACAUUUAGGGAUAUUUUUUGUUAAACGGACUACUUGUUAACUCCUUAUUAUGUGCAUAUUUAUGGGGACAAAUAAGCCUCUGUGAAUACAAGCAAGGUAGAAGUAUCUAUCUAUUCACCACGCCCGUGUAUGAAUAAAAUAAAUCUUACUUGAAGUCAAAUCUAGUGCGGAACUUCCAUCCAAAGAUACCAGUUUAAUAGAAAUUAAAGUAAAAAACGACUCACCUCUAAAUGAAAAGAUAUCAAGUUCGACGAGCCUGUGGCACUAUUUCUUGAAGGUUUUUUGCUUCAAAGCAACAAAAAAUGACACGCUUGACCGCAAACGCAGCAAUCUUCCCCUACCUCUCAAGAAUCGCAACAUGGAAUGAAAACCUUAGUAGAAAGAGUUCACUAAGACUUGGACGAAGGGCUUGACGUCAUCAGAUCUAAACAAAAAGCAAAUGUACGCCCACCGGCGGAAAGACAGGAUAAAAAUGCAUACGUACACGUCUUUAUGUGGACCAAAAAACUUAAAAUUAAUUUGACUCGUAAAUUAUAUUCACCAAGCUAGAAGAACUGUUGGAAACAAUUGUGCGACGAGCUAGAUAAGGCCUAUCGCUGACGUCAGCGUUACGUCAUCUGAAGUCUGUGUAUAUAAAUACACAAUAAAGCCCGUCUAUAACGAGUUGAAAGGAAAACAUUUUUUUAUCAAAAAAAAGUGCAUGUUAAUGAAAAUGCUCAAAAUGAAUAAUAACCUCUGCCCUAAGGGGCUUGAUUUUUUUUGUUGCGAAUGUAACACGCUGAAGCGACCCAAAUCGGCCUUGGACGAGCCAGGUUUUUUUUCCUUUUUCGUAUCGUUUUUUUUUGCAAGAAAUUAGUGAAACAGAAUACUUCCAAAUAUGAGCUUGCUGAUUGAUCGCAAACUAAAUUUCAAAAGAAAUCAAUCGGCAGGCGACCAUAAAUAAUUUACGAGGUCUGCUGUUGUUGCAUAAUUUUCUGAAGACAAAAAUCCAUUUUAAAAUCCUACGCAUUUUUACCUCGGUGUACGUCUAUUUUUGCCCGAUUUAGCCGUGCGUGGGUGGUUUUAAUUUUGGAAAGAGGUUGAGCGUCACAAACAGCCAUUUUUCCGGGUGGUUUGAACACUGUACCGGGUAAGCGAUUGCAAAAAAAUAUGUAAUUUUUUUUUUUGCGUUUCAGGAAGAAUCAUGAUGCCACGAAGCAGGUGGAAAAUGCUCUAGAUUGCAAAAAGAUGAAACCGCACACAGCUUUUCCUUUAAAAGCAUGAAAAUAAAUAUUUUAAUCGUGGUUCUCGAAAUGUUGGGUGAUGUUUCGAGAAAAAUCAACGACUCGUUACGUUUUCUUCGUAAAAUAGGAUUUUUUCCUUUGAAAAGCGAAAAGUAUAUAGAAGAUAUUGUUUUUCCCGACAUAUAUUUAAAAUUAUUUGCAAAACAAAAAGUGUUUUUCGUCUCGUGGAACAUUAAGAUAAUGAUUUUUCUCGAGUGACAGACUGUAAAAGAUCGGAUCUCGUUUUCAAUUUUGUCUCAAAUUCUUAUAAGAAAGUAAAAUUCGAAACUGCAGCAGAUUUUCGGCGUCCUUUUCGGGUAAUGUAGACAAAUAAUAAUGCUUUUGAAGAAUAAAAGAUUGCCCAGUUUUAAGCGCUGAAAGUACAUAAUAUUUGAUGCAAGCCCAGCCGCGGGGUCUCAGUUCGUGAGAUGACAUGCUAAACAGCAAUGCAUAUUCUCAAAAAUGUUAAUCUCUGUAGGUUAUUAGCUAAAGAGUGCAACUGAAGAUAAGGAGACAAACGCAUUAGUCAGCAAAAUGUUUUGCAGAAACAUUGGUUGACAAGAAACACCAAGCUUUGAAAAUUUUUCCACGACAUUAGCGGGAUGACAUUUGUGUAAAAUGACAUUCAAUAUGCACCUAACGCUGAGGCAUUUUAGCUCGCAUGCAAAAGCCGCCCGGCUUUAAGUUUUCUAUUUACUUUAUUUUGUUCAUUCCAUUUUAUUAUGUCUGCCGUAAAAUUGUCUGCUAUACAAGAAACCUCGAAACAUAGAUUACAAUUAACAGCAACUGAGCCUCUGUUUCUACUAAUUUGACUCAGACACGGUUGCAGUGAAAAAUAAGUCAAAACUAAAAGAUUUCUUCUCUUCAAGUCAACUAUAUUAUAGCUGCAUAUCCUUUUUAUUACUCGUAUAAAAUAUUUUCAUAUUACAAUAGACAGAAAAAGAAGAGGAAAAAGAGAGUUUCUAUAGAUUCGAAGUUGACGUGGAAAAUUCAGCGAGUAUUAAACUGUACCAGGCUUGUCUAGAGCCUGAGGUCAGUCAGUCUUCCCUAUGUGUUUGUUUAAAUUCAGUUGAAUUUCUUGAAUUUUGCAUGGCAGCUACUGUCUUUUGCGAUUGAAAGCCGCAAAUGUUUUAUAAAUUUUAUAUUGUAUGGGGUGCCUCAUCCUUUAGACUCAACGUCAUGUGAAUGAAAGUUUCGGCAUGGAAAACUGGCACUGCAUGGAACGUUGCUCGAUUUUUCCUCUAUCUCUCUUUGUGUCAGUUAGUCAAAUUUUUUUUUAUGGAAACUUGGCUGGGUAAAUUUACUAAACUUGUCACGGGUUCUACUCUUAUGGAAGCGGCUUUAACUAAAUAAUUCUGCUAACACUGUAUUCCAUGAGUGGACAACUACGCACGAAGUUGACUCGAAAGUGUUUAAGUACCGAAAAAUGUGAAGAUUCCGUAUCACUUUUUUUUCCAACCGCUUUUUUAUACUUUCACGUCUGGAUAUUGUACAAAGCGUCUUAGAAGUUAAUGAACAUCUGUAACUUGCACAAUUAUUCAGUGUAUUCAGAAUUGCAUGUAGCUAUAGAAUUUAACAAGCCGUCGAAACAAAUUGGCCUUGAAACAGUCGAAGUAACCGAGAUGAUAGAACAUCGGAUUUUGGUGGCCUUCGGCCUUGGCAGGCGGAAAUUUUGUUACCACUGAUGUCUUUCGACAACCAUUCUUGUCGUGUUUAAAAUUUUCCAGAUUUAUGCUACAACUGUGUCGAACAAAAUGCCACGCUUCUUUGCAACAUGCAGAUGUUAACAUCAUUCUGUUUUCGAUAUGCUGUUGAAACGGCCGGUUCAAUGGACAUGAAGGCCCGCUGUCCCGGGCUUGAAAUUGAGCGGAGAACGGUGACAAUGACUUCGUUACUCUCCACCUCCAAAUUUUCUAAGGAUGUAUUCGUUGCUUUAAGAAGCUCCUGUUUUUGCAUGGAUAGAAAAGGAAAUUCCCUAACGCAGCGAAGUCGGACUGAGUCGAACGAAUGAGUCCCUUAAUUCGGUUUAACUUCACUGUUUCCUUACUUAGAAAAACUUGGUUAAACCUUUAUUUCUACAUUAACUUUAUGUUUUAGGUGUUUUAGCGAAUCAAAUCUUCAGCUCCUUGACCAAUCUCUUUAAAUUUACAUCUAUUGUGUUCUCUUUUGUUACUCGCGUUCACUCAGUUUUUCGCAUCGCUCAGUUUGGCUCAGUUUUAACCAAACAAAGCCGACCUAUGUAGUAUGAUAUUUAAGUUUGAGUAAUCCACUAGCUUUCAAAACGAUGCCUGAGUGUUUCAGUCGGCUCUGAAGUUUAAACUCCUGUUACCUAUCCUACCUUUAAUGGGGGUAAAUUUGCUAUAUUGAUGUCAGUUGAAAAUUAACCUUUUUCAGUCUCAGAGCGUUCAUGAAGCUUACCGGCCGACUAAAGGUCCUCAGAAAAUUGGGGCCAGCAGGAUAAGACCUAAAGUGAUUUCAGUGAGUUAGCCGUAUUAUAGAACGAUAAUUCUUUACAAUAAAGUACUAAUAAUCAUCAAUACUAUCCUUUUGUUGUAUUUUGGGCUUUAACGAAACAUCAAGUAAGUUUUGACAGUGAGUUGACUGAGGCAUUUCGUUGAACUACACGUUUAGAUUUUGGGUUGCUAAAAUAAAGUGGCGGUUUUGCUUCCCUGUAGGCUGUGGGGAUUGUUAUAUAUUCAAAAAUGGUUAUUUAUGAAAACAACUUGUAAAAUAGUGAAGAUGAAGGAGGUAUUCUUUAGAAAGCAAAAGCGCAGCAUGGUCCAAUGCUUCACGAAGUAGCAUAAACCUGAAAGUUUUAUUCAAUCCGGCAGCUCGUCAAAUGUUCAUCAUUUUCCGUUUGCCCAGGGCAACGAAAUAAGAGUUUACUAAGAAAGCUGUUCGAUGAAUUGUAUUUAAUCCCACCUUUUCAUGCAAACGAGAAAGUAACUUACGAGAUGAAAAAGUGACUCUGCACUCACGUGCACACCGCCGCAGCCCGCGAAUUUGGCCCGCUGGAAGAAGAGCAACUGAUUAACCGUCAUAUUUCAACUUCAUAUCCAUUUCUUUUUUCUGCAAGCUCUUUUCUUCUGAACACCACCGAUGCGAUAACACAAAGCAACACGUAAUGCGACUUGAAAUGCUUACUAGAAAAGCCUGCUAUCGCAAGAUGGACAGUUUAACUUCCACUAAGGCAAAUGAAUCCCGUUAAUCUGGUUACAGUGUGUUCCCCUCAAAAUUGACAUGCGAGAAACGUUGGUUGAUACUACAUCGUAACCGUUAGCAAACGAUUCUAUUGACUACUGACUAUUAAAAUUGGGUUUGUCUCGUCUUCAUAAUCAAUAUCAAUGGACAGUUAUAGCAACGGAAAGCUUUUAAGAAUAAAACUGAACUAUUGAGACGUUGUCAGCAUGAUUUCUAUGUUACAAAAUGGCGGCCCAUGAUUGCUGAUCGAACCUAUACACUUCCUCAAGGGCGUUUUGUUACGUUUCAAAACAAUUUCUUCUUAUAUACGCCCUGUUCCCGUCACGAAAUGAUAAAGGAAUAUCCAAAUUGUUAAAUUUAUUAGAUAAUAUGUUUUUCAUUGUUGUUAUCAAUGAAAUAGGUUGGUGAUUGCAAGACCUCAGCUGGGCGGGUGUUUGCUUCUCAGGCGAGUCUUUGCUUUUGAUCUGACUGCACAAAGUUUGUAGUUCAGAAAUUUUUGACGGAAUAGCGAGGAACAUUAAGAAAUAGAGUUAAAGUGCGGGAAAAAAGGGAGGCGAGGAGAGAGAUAGACUUUUAGGAAUAUUUUAAAUCUUUACAUAGUCUAUUAUUAUCACAUACGAGGACGAAUUUUUAUCGGCUACUGCAAAUGUCUACGGCGAGAUGCUUCAAAUAUUAUGCCGACUGGCUGCGGGAUCCAAUUAUAAACUUUGCGAUGAUUCGAACGUUCGAAAAAAUAUUUUAAUACUUAAGUUUAGACCAUGUUUACACUGUACAUUACUAGAAAACAAAAAGGUUAGAUCCGCUCCAGUCUUUGUAAUUAUUGGCCAUUUUUCCGGUUUUGCCUAGAGGUACUCGCUUACGGAUUACCUCUUCCUUAACUGGUUUCUCUGUAUAGCUAAAGUUUUGCCAAGAACUUCGGACGCAAUAAUAUUUUCCUUACUAUGUAAAAGAAAUCAAAAAAUAACUUCAACUUAGGGCCUUUCCAUUCGUUCGUCUUAUUGUGAUGUGUAAUGUUAAGUAGGAAAAUUCCUUGUUUUCUCUAGCAGAGUGGGAACUUCUGGUCGCGCUUAAUGGUUCUUUUUGAAAAUGAAAAUUUGUCAUCACUUUUUUAAAAGCUAAAACUUCAUUUGAUCAGACAAUCAGAUGGUCAAGUUAGUUUUCAAAGUUUUCUAGUACUCAGGACGUGCAAGUUCAUAGCGCCGAAAAAUUCUCAGCUCAAAUACAAUUUCUCUUCUUAUAAAUGUUACAAAAUUUGGUAGAUGACACCGAUAGACAACGUGCUGGGUAAAGCUAUAGAAGCCUUCAAAAAUAUCCGUAGAUCUCUCAAGAACCUGAAAGGAUUUCUGAAUUUUACUGCCGAUAUAAACAGGACCGAGCACAACGGAAACAAUGUUCGUCGACUGGUUAAGCUCGGGGGCUCCCAUGCAACGGCAGUUUUCUCCUAAAUACAGUGAAGACUCUAAGGCUGUGUAGAGUACUUUUAGAUCUCUAGAAAUACAUUUUAAGGGGUGCCAUCAGUAAAAUUUGUAUCUGUUCCGUUAUCCUAGGACAACUGAAAUCUUUUCGAACUUACUAGGGCUUCAAUAUUAUUUUCCCGAAAAUUUUAGCAGCUGCAAUUUAAAGCUGUACGAAGAUGAAAAUUUUUUCUGAUUCCUCUUUCUAUCAAAUUCCAAAUUGUUCAGGUUUCCCUUUUUAUCGAGGAGGGAAGUAAUAAACUUCCUGAAAUGGAAGGGAAUUUCUUAGAUAAGCUUCGAAGAAAAUGGUACAUGAUUGGAACGAUCAUUGAAAAGUUUUAGCCACCCUUCAAGCUUCAAAGGGACAGGGGCACCCAAUGAUGGUUUCCCUCUAAAUACAUUGAAAACUCUUUUUAGGGCUGUCCAGAGUCCUUUUAGAUCUCUAGAGAUGCAUUCUCAAGUAGCGCUAUAAAAUUGGUAUCGGUUUUGUCAUCCUAGGGGAACUUCAGUCCCCUCGAAAUUACCAGGGCUUCAGGAUUAUUGCGAUAAAUUUAAGAUUUAACGUAUUACGAAGGAGAGAACUUUUCUGAUUCCUCUUUCCAUCACAUUUUUGAAUCCGAAAAUUUAAGGUUUCUUUUUGCUACGAAAAAUAAUCAAACCUAAGGAGUGAAAUGUGAAAUGAGCUUCGAAAAUUUUACAUGAAUGGAACGGCCAUCUAGAAAUUUUUAGACGGUUCUCAAGUAAUAGAAAGUUCUAGGCAAUAUUUGCGGCUCCGAACAGAUAUUUUACAGAAAACAGUCGUUGGGUGCCCCUGAAGGGAUUUUAAACAGAAACUUAUGCAAACAUUGUUACAGAAAUUUCUUGAUCCCGCGAGCUUUUUGUAGGUUUUAACAUUUUAUUAUGCCAUAGGAAUUUUAAACGGAAUACGUAGGUAAUUUUUUCCCUCUUUUUUAGGUAGAUAUAUAACCUUUAUAAGCAUUAUACCUUUGUCUUGUAUCACUGAAAAACCCCGCAGGGGAGUGUACGAUAAACUUCUUACUUCUAGAAAAAACUAGGCAAUAUUUGCUUCUUCGAACAGAUAUUUUACAGAAAACAGUCGUUGAGUGCCCCUGUCCAGCAUUGUAGUUUGACAAACCAUUGGGCUUCCAUCGAGUUAUCUAGAUGUUCUUUCUGGAUAUCUAAAAACUUUAGUAUGAUACUGAGGUACAAGCAAGAUAAAGAAGCCUAUUUUCUAUUGGCAUGAAACUGAGAAUGACAUUCGCCAUUCCGUCUUAGAAGGAUCCAGUUUAGCAGGGAACCUAAUACAAGUUCAAGUUAACCCGACUAAGAGAUGGAGUUGACAGUUUCAGUUGACAUUUUCAAAUUCUGAGCUCAAAUACAAUUAUUUCUCUUCUUAUAAAUGUUACAAAAUUUGGUAGAUGACACUGAUAGACCAUGCGCUGGGUAAAACUAUGGAAGUCUUCAAAGUUAUCCUUAGAUCUCUCAAGAACCUGAACCUGAACCCGAUUAAGAGAUAGAGUUGACAUUUUCAGUUAUUGCUGUUAGUCUAAAUUUUCUGUAGAAUAUAUCCUUAGAUAUCGCAUUCAGUUCCGUUAAAAAACUUCAAAGAUUAAUUUUUUAGACAAAGUAACGGCCGAUGACUGUACCUAAUAACGGUAAAAGUGUGUUAACAAUUUAGGACUCCGACCUAUAGUCCAAGGGAAACCGUUCACAAAAGAUCCCUUGACAUAGGGAACAUAUCACUGUGGUUUUGAGCGUUUUCAUACCUUGCUUCAAUAUGGCAACAUGACUCAGCCGGGAAUGUAGAAUGGUGAUAUUUUGGUCUUCUUUCUUUAUAAUACGUUAGUAUUUUACUCUAGCCUAAGAGAAAUUGAUUUGCCAACCAAUUUAAUUCCAUUUGAACCUGUGUUUUAGUUGAAAUUUUUAUUUUAUACCUGACAGAAAAACUAUUCAUAUUGCUGCAAAGAGGGCGUGGGGAAAUCAGCUUGUAAAAUGGGGCAUUAUACUGAUAUGUUACUUAAUUGCAGCAAAAAAGGCCGAUGAAUCUUUAUGCUGGGUAUACUGAAGUUUUUGUAUAUUUCGACCGCAAUUUCUAACUUGACUGUAUUUUGGCAUGAAAUCGAAAGAUUCUGCAUUUCACUAAAAUACAUAUCCUUUUAUAAAUGUUAAAGAAAUCUUACAUUGCUGCACCGACAAAAGAUACUAGUUUCUAAAUGUAGAGAUUUCACAACCCUGUAAGUUUUUUUAAAAUUAUUGGCGUGUAUCUACUCUGUAUCUAAACCACAAACACAACGAUCAGGGGAGGCCGUUUGACGAUUCUGUACAGUUUUUCCGGGUUUUCAGUGUAAAUUGGGAAACAUUUGCUUUAAUUCAUUGAUAUGUAACUAGAAAUCAUUGUACUUCUUGAAACAAUUUCAGUAAUCUUUUUCAAUUUCUUUCCAGGAAAGAUAACUUUAAAUUCCUGUUUGCAAGACCUAUUGCAAAAUCGAUAGCAGGGAUGAUGAAAGACUAAAAGCGUGGGCACUUGUAACUUCCCCCUCACGGUUAUCUCUUUUCGACUUCCUCAGUUUUCAGGCGCCUUUUUUGGCCCCGCAAAGGUUACUUUCCCAAAGCCAACCAAAUGUCUGAAUAGCAAUAACGAAGUUUAUUGAGAAAAACCUUUUGAAUUAGCCAUGAGACAUAUACUUCAGUUUCACUUUGUGAUGCAAUCUCAGAUUGGUCGAAGCCCUUCAUGAUGUGUAUCUAAUAAUCAGUCUUGGUCCAGACGCCGUUCAAUUGAAAAUUAUUUCAUAAUUCUCUCUCAGGACUUUCCUUUGACAUUGUCAGAAAUAAAGCUAAAAGUGAUUUUAACUAAAUCAUUUCGGCCUUAAUAUUGAGCCGACUAGUCUAAACCUCGGUUUAGCGUACUGUGCAAUAUAAUAGGGUGGCUCUUUUAAAGCGAACUCACUUUUAUCGAUUACCGAAUUUUUUAAAACUUUCGAUUAUCAAAUGGAAUAUAUUGGACUUUUCAUAUUUCAAUAUAUUUCGCAGAAUGAUUUUUUUUUAUUGUCAAUGUAUGCUAUCCGUUUAUUAAGGUUUAGAAAAGCCAUAUUUUAGACGAAGAAAAAUGUACCAAGAACUACAUCCACCACGAUAUGACAAAAUUGCUACGAGCAACACUGCUUGCUAUUUUGAAAUAACUGACUUUGAACUAAAUUAUGAAUUUAACCUUGUAAUAUACAUUAUCUUUAAUAGUGUUCGCAUUUCGUCUCAGCUUUAGCCCUUAGCGCAGAGGCAAAAGAAAUCACUCAGUGAAGUAAGUUCCGCUUCUUCUCUAUUAUGUCAGCUUGUCACUGAACCCUUUCUUGCGUCAUUUCUUCCGUUCACAAAUUUGAUAGUCAUUUACACGCGAUAUAAUGGCAAAUUGGACACAAAACAAUAGCCGAUAACUAUACAAGAAAUUUUUCUUUACAGCUAACGGUGUGGCACGUUAGUCGAGGUUUUAAAUUGUUAUACUUCUAUACCAAAGGCUGUUUAUAAUUGCUUCUUCAAAAUGGCCCACAGCUGUUAACUGGUAUGCGACAGAGAGUGCCAGACUUGUACAUGUAUUUUCGCCUCCAUGUUACCUUUUGUUAAAAACUUCACCUUCAGCCACAUGAAACAUGGAGCCAAAACCUGCCGUGGAUGAAUUGAUUCCUUUCUGUCUGUAAGAUCUGCUUAUUUUAUUAGUUUUCUAACAUCGAACGUUUAUGUAAUGGAUUUCCUUCUCUAUCGCGGUACCGCAUAGGACUGAAUUGACUUGAAGGAUACUAGGUAAUCAAACAAAAACUUUAUUUCUUUAUCCUUGAUGAAUCCUGCAAAAAUAUCGUAGACAUUGCAACUAAUUUUGCCGAGGGUUGCUUUACUGUUUGAAGCUGUUUCAAGUGUCUUUUAACCGUUGUUCUGUGAACUAUAACUAGUUCGUCUUGUUCUGAGAAAACAGCCAACAUCUCCCGACGCCAGCCAUACUGGUUUCCUCGCGAAAUGUCGGCUGUUCUCUGAGGCUAGUCUUGUUCUGAAAUGAUUCGUUCAUCAUAGAGUAGGGGACAGACACGAGGAUACCCUGCGAGAAACCACUGCUCGCAGGGUAACACGAGGACAGCUCAGUCAGCCCAAAAUUUAUCUUAUAUCUAGAAACAAAUAGAGUCAAAGUAUAAAUGGUCUCUUUAGUUCAAACAUCGUUAUAAAACAUGAUAAAUUUGCUAACUUGAAACCCGUAGGACCGAAAUUACCGCCUAGCAGCUUACAUCUAAUGGUUUAUGUAGCAGAAUUAAACAGUUUGCCUAGGUGAGACUAAGGACCAUCAAGGUUCCUAAACAUAGUGAGGACAUAAUUCCACCCUUCCUGCUUUAUUUUCACUCAGCAAACAGAGUAACUUCCCCUUCCAAAGACCGACGUGCUUGCAUUUGAAUGUUUGCGGUUUCAUCCACAAAAAUGAACAAAGGUUAGAACCGCUUUAUGCAGCAUAUAUCAUGCAUAAUAGUUAGCCUGAAUUUCAGAGGAUUACUAAUCGUCUGAAAUUCAAGCUACAUAAUAGCCUACGCCGGGAAAGUACUGCACGCUGAUUUAAUUUCAGUACACUGUUUCAUUCGAGUUGUCACACUGUUUAGCAUGUCGUUUAUACGGGCUCAAAACUCAGAAACAAAUGAACAGCAAAAUAUAUAAUAUUACCUGAAACUAUUGCUCAGUAAGUCGUGGUAGCUUUCAUCUGAAUGGUCACAGACUCAUUUACAGACUCGAAUUCCCAUUUAAGCACUGUGCAUAGCAUAAUCUAAGAACAAAAAGGCUUCUGGGGCAUAUUUGGGGCGAUGAACACCUAUUGUGAACUCAAGCUUUCAAUAGACGUAGUUAUACUUAAGGAUUCGCCGUCUAAAGACUCAUCAGAAACACUUUUCAAACAUAUUAAUGGCAAAUACUACAGGAAACUACAGUUCAGAUUUAUAGCUUUCAUUUGAAUAGUCAUAUAUACUCAGGGAUGUCCUACCUCACACACAGCACAGUAUACAGUUAGUCACUGUAAAGUGUUUACUGUUCGAUAGCCUUCCGCUGGUGGAAUGUUCAUUUCACCGUGUAGGCUUAAAACCGCGCUGCUUAAAAUUGCACGCUAUAAUCAUCAUAAAAGAGUCUUUAACAUAGCUUGCGUUUAUUGCAUGCCUUUCUUUUUAAAUUUUCCUACAGGUUUUGGUUGACUAGGUGCCGGAUGUGGAGGGACUGAGUUCACAGACUUGAAGGAAGGUUGCCUGUUGCGCAGUUGGUGGAUUUGA